AUGACAGUAGACAUGGUCCAGACAAUUAACUUGAAAAAGUCUUUCGUUCAAGCUAACAUGAGGGUGUUCACCUUUGGCAAAGGCAAGAGCGAAGGCAACAAAGGCAUGAAGUCUUUGUUGGGAGGAAAGGGGGCCAACUUAGCUGAAAUGGCGACGAUUGGUUUAUCAGUGCCAUCUGGACUCACAAUAUCAACAGAAGCAUGUCACCAAUAUCAACAGAAUGUAAAGAAUUUGCCAGAUGGUCUGUGGGAAGAGAUACUUAAAGGAUUGAAAUUUGUGGAGAAUGAAAUGGGAGCCUAUGUUGGAAAUCCCUCAAAACCUCUCCUCCUCUCUGUGCGCUCUGGCGCUGCGAUUUCAAUGCCUGGAAUGAUGGACACAGUUCUUAAUCUUGGAUUGAAUGAUGAAGUGGUUGUUGGGCUGGCUUCCAAAAAUGGAGAGCGGUUUGCUUAUGACUCUUACCGACGUUUCCUGGACAUGUUUGGAGAUGUUGUAAUGGACAUUCCGCACUCAUUGUUUGAGGAGAAGAUAGAAAACCUGAAGCUAUCAAAAGGCGUUAAACAUGACACUGACUUAACAGCAAGUGAUCUCAAAGAUCUGGUUGAGCAAUACAAGAAUGUCUACAUUCAAGCUAAGGGAGAAAAGUUUCCCUCUGAUCCAAUGAAGCAACUAGAAUUAGCUAUCAAAGCUGUUUUCAAUUCUUGGGAUAGUCCAAGGGCUAAUAAGUAUAGAAGCAUUAAUCAGAUAACUGGGUUAAUGGGCACCGCGGUGAAUAUUCAAUCCAUGGUGUUUGGUAAUAUGGGGAAUACUUCAGGAACUGGUGUCUUGUUCACUAGAAACCCAAGCACUGGUGAAAAGAAACUUUAUGGGGAAUUUCUUGUUAAUGCUCAGGGAGAGGAUGUGGUUGGUGGAAUCAGAACACCUCAAGAUAUCGAGACCAUGAAAACAUGCAUGCCAGAUGCUUAUAAGGAACUUGUGGAGAAUUGUGAAAUUCUUGAGAAUCAUUACAAGGAUAUGAUGGACAUUGAGUUCACUGUUCAAGAAAAUAAGUUGUGGAUGCUGCAAUGUCGAAUUGGAAAACGUACUGGUAAAGGUGCAAUCAAAAUAGCUGUGGACAUGGUCAGUGAGGGCCUUGUUGAUACUCGUCGUGCAAUCAAGAUGGUAGAGCCACAACAUCUUAACCAGCUUCUACAUCCACAGUUUAAGGAUCCAUCUCAGUACAAGGACAAAGUGGUUGCCACUGGCCUGCCUGCUUCCCCUGGAGCUGCGGUUGGGCAGGUUGUGUUCAAUACUGAGGAUGCCGAAGAAUGGCAUGCACAAGGGAAGAGUGUCAUCUUGGUAAGGACAGAGACAAGUCCAGAAGAUGUCGGAGGCAUGCAUUCAGCUGUUGGCAUCUUGACAGCAAGAGGAGGUAUGACAUCUCAUGCUGCUGUUGUAGCUCGUGGAUGGGGAAAGUGUUGUGUGUCUGGUUGCACCUCUAUUAAAGUAAAUGAUGAGGAAAAGGUGGUUGUAAUUGGAGAUAAUAAAAUAUCAGAAGGUGAAUGGAUCUCGUUGAAUGGAAACACUGGUGAAGUGAUACUGGGAAAGCAGCCACUUGCUCCUCCGGCUCUAAGCGAUGAUUUAGAAACUUUCAUGUCUUGGGCUGAUGAAAUAAGGAAUCUGAAGGUUUUUGCAAAUGCUGACUCGCCUGAAGAUGCAAUAGCAGCCAGAAGAAACGGAGCGCAAGGGAUUGGACUUUGCAGGACAGAACACAUGUUUUUUGCUUCUGAUGAGAGGAUAAAGGCUGUGAGAAAGAUGAUCAUGGCUAUUACUCAAGAACAAAGGAAAGCUGCACUUGACUUGUUGUUGCCUUAUCAAAGAUCAGAUUUUGAAGGAAUUUUCCGUGCAAUGGACGGUUUCCCAGUAACAAUCCGAUUGCUGGAUCCUCCACUUCAUGAAUUUCUUCCUAAGGGUGACAUGGGGGAAAUUGUCAGUGAACUAAGUUCUCAGACAGGCGUGAAAAAAGAAGAGAUACUCGCAAAGAUGGAAAGACUCUCAGAAGUUAAUCCCAUGCUUGGUUUUCGUGGCUGCAGGUUGGGAAUAUCAUAUCCAGAAUUGACUGAGAUGCAGGCGCGUGCAAUUUUUCAAGCGGCUGUUACAGUGAAAAACAAUGGUAUUGCAGUUUUUCCUGAGAUAAUGGUUCCACUUAUCGGUACACCUCAGGAACUAAAACAUCAAGCAAAUCUAAUAAGGGAUGUUGCUGAGAAAGUGUUCUCAGAGAUGGGCUCUUCGGUAAGCUAUAAGGUUGGAACUAUGAUUGAAGUUCCAAGAGCUGCACUUGUUGCAGAUGAGAUUGCUAAUGAAGCUGAGUUCUUUUCAUUUGGAACCAAUGACCUCACCCAAAUGACAUUUGGCUAUAGUAGAGAUGAUGUUGGAAAAUUUCUUCCAAUAUACCUAGCCGCUGGGAUUUUGGAGCAUGAUCCAUUUGAGGUAAUUGACCAGAAAGGAGUGGGUCAGCUCAUGAAAAUUUGCAUAGAGAAGGGUCGCGCUGCUAGACCAAACUUAAAGGUUGGAAUAUGUGGAGAGCAUGGUGGGGAGCCUUCUUCUGUUGCAUUCUUUGCUAAAAUUGGUCUUGACUAUGUUUCGUGUUCUCCUUUUAGAAUUCCAAUUGCUAGACUUGCAGCAGCUCAAGUUGCAGCAUAA